AUGGAUGCUUGGGUUAACCUGAGUGCAUAUUUAGCAACUGCCAAAUCGGCUAGUAAAAUACUGGUCACCACUCAUAAUGGAGAUGUGGCAAAGAGCAUUGCUGAAAAGGAGGUCUCUUUUGAGAUGAAGAGAUUAUGUGCGGAUGAAUGUUGGGAGGUCCUUUUGAAGAGACAGACUUCCUUCNAGCCUUCCUUCCUAAAUUUUUUUAAAGCCAACCAAGUUUUGGAAGAAAUCGCCAAGGCUGUGGUCAGCAAGUGCUUUGGCUUACCAUUAGCAGUUGUCUGUGCUGGUAGCGUCUUGGCCAGGGAGCACUCCGUUGCUCAUUGGAAGUCUGUGCUUCAAAAUUUUGACUCAUAUCUAUACCUCGAGAAAGAUACCUUAGUAUUUUCCAAGAUACCAAAGACCUUGCUCUUGACCUACCAUUACUUGCCCUACCAUUUUCAGAGUUGUUUUCUUUAUUUGUGCCUAUUCCCAAAAGGAGUAGACAUAGAAGCAGAAAAGUUAUUUAAUCUCUGGGUAGCUGAGGGCUUUGUAGCGUCGGAGAAUGGAGAAAAUGAAACAACAUUGAUUGACAGAGCAGAACAUUAUUUGUAUCAAUUGGUAGCCAGAAACUUGAUUUGCAUGCAAGAAGAGGAGGGCAUGGAGAGAGUAGUUAAAUCUUCUUGCCCUAUUAAUGACCUGUUGCGGGAGCACUGCUUAUUCAAGGGAAAGGAAGAGAAUGUUUUUGAAUUGCUUCAUCUAGCAUAUGGACCGCGAAAGGAUUCUUAUGGUACAACAAGAAGACUUUACGUGUUCCUUGACGAGUGUGAAGCCGGAAAUGAUGUUUGCUUGCAGCAGAAAGAUAUUAGAUUUCAUGGGACAAAGCUUCCUGAAGGAAUUGAAAAACUUACUAAUCUGAAAUACCUAGGUCUAAGAAACUGUUAUGUGAAGGAGUUGCCAUCAUUUAUUGGCGAAUUGUCAAACUUGCGGACUCUUGAUUUAGGG